GUGCUCCGGCUGACUGAGAAAUGUCAGCCGCUUGACUGGGGUCGGGUUUUCCUUUCCCGCGAACCCGCAGGCCUUCUGGUGACCGCCACCGCUGUCGCCUCGGCGCGUGGGUCCCAGACCCUGGACGGCUGUGGCGGACGCGGAGUUUCCUGGGCCUUCCAGACGCUGUCUGGCGAGAUCGGACGGUGGGCCUGAGGGAGAGAGCGUGAGGCGCUUUGGGUCUGGGGCCGCGCGCAGACGGACAUCGAGAGGACCCUGGAGACCCCGGUUGGCCGCCGCCGCGGGGCCCACGUUCCCGGAAGCUGAGUGGAGGCGGUAGCCCGGCCCACCGGCCAGUUUACAGAUAUGAUCCAGACCUGUACGUGAAUUACUUUGGUUAGUCAGAGUGAACAUUCAAUAAUGAGUGGUGCAGCUUUGGGACUCGAGAUUGUUUUUGUCUUUUUUCUGGCAUUAUUCCUACUUCAUCGAUAUGGAGACUUUAAGAAACAGCAUAGACUUGUAAUUGUUGGAACACUGCUAGCUUGGUAUCUCUGCUUUCUUAUUGUCUUCAUACUGCCUCUGGAUGUUAGUACGACAAUAUACAACCGGUGCAAACAUGCUGCUGCAAACUCAAGCCCUCUUGAGAGUAACAACACUAUAGGAUUGUACGCUGCUACGCCGGUUCCAAGCCAGCAUCCCUGUUUUAAGCCAUGGAGUUACAUUCCUGAUGGAAUCAUGCCAGUUUUCUGGAGGGUGGUGUAUUGGACAUCACAAUUUUUAACAUGGAUUCUGUUACCUUUUAUGCAGUCAUAUGCAAGAUCAGGAGGGUUUUCUAUCACUGGAAAGAUCAAAACUGCACUGAUUGAGAAUGCAAUCUAUUAUGGCACCUAUUUGCUGAUUUUUGGAGCAUUUUUAAUUUAUGUAGCUGUAAACCCACAUUUGCACUUAGAAUGGAACCAGCUUCAGACAAUUGGGAUAGCUGCUGCAAAUACAUGGGGUUUAUUUCUUCUUGUGUUGUUGUUGGGGUAUGGCUUGGUGGAAAUUCCUCGGUCGUACUGGAAUGGAGCAAAAAGAGGUUAUCUACUUAUGAAAACUUAUUUUAAGACAGCCAAAUUGAUGACAGAGAAAGCAGAUGCAGAAGAGGCUUUAGAAGAUGUCAUGGAGGAGGUUUGUAAAGUGAAUGAAAGCAUCAAGUAUAACCACCCAUUGAGAAAAUGUGUUGACACAAUUCUUAAAAAGUGCCCUACAGAGUAUCAGGAAAAAAUGGGUAGGAACAUGGAUGAUUAUGAAGAUUUUGAUGAAAAGCGUAAUACCUACCCAAGUGAAAAAAGUCUGGUAAAACUACAUAAACAGGUGAUUUAUUCAGUUCAAAGGCACCGUCGAACUCAAGUACAAUGGCAAAUUCUUUUGGAACAAGCAUUUUAUCUAGAAGAUGUAGCAAAAAAUGAAACUAGUGCUACUCAUCAGUUUGUUCACACCUUUCAAUCGCCGGAGCCAGAAAAUAGAUUUAUCCAAUAUUUUUAUAAUCCUACAGUUGAAUGGUACUGGGAAUGUCUUUUGCGACCAUGGUUUUAUAGGAUACUUGCUGUGGUUUUGUCCAUCUUCUCUGUGAUUGUUGUGUGGUCAGAGUGCACAUUCUUUAGCACUACACCUGUUUUAUCCCUCUUUGCAGUCUUCAUACAGCUGGCAGAAAAAACAUACAAUUAUAUCUAUAUUGAGAUUGCUUGCUUCCUUUCCAUCUUCUUCCUAAGUAUCUGUGUUUAUUCUACUGUGUUCAGGAUUCGUGUAUUUAACUAUUAUUACUUGGCUUCACAUCACCAGACUGAUGCUUAUAGCCUUCUUUUCAGUGGCAUGUUAUUUUGCCGUUUGACUCCUCCUUUAUGUCUUAAUUUCUUGGGUUUGACCCAUAUGGAUUCAUCCAUUUCUCACCAGAAUACGCAGCCAACUGCUUAUACAUCUAUUAUGGGUUCCAUGAAAGUUUUGUCCUUUAUUGCAGAUGGAUUCUAUAUAUAUUAUCCUAUGUUGGUGGUAAUUCUCUGCAUUGCUACUUAUUUUAGUUUGGGAACUCGUUGUUUGAAUCUGCUUGGUUUCCAGCAGUUCAUGGGAGAUAAUGAUAUGACAUCAGACUUAGUUGAUGAAGGAAAAGAAUUAAUUAGACGAGAGAAGAGAAAAAGACAAAGGCAAGAAGAAGGUGAAAAUCGAAGAAGAGAAUGGAAAGAACGUUAUGGGCACAAUAGAGAAGAUUCUACUAGAAACAGAAAUGUUCAUAUUGACCCAAAAGAGUCAAACUUCUCAGAUAUUAGUGCCAAUCGAUCAGCAUCCAAAUAUACCAGAGCUAAUAAUAGGACUGAAAGGGACCGAAUAGAACUCCUCCAAGACGCAGAACCUUUGGAUUUUAAUGCAGCAGCAUUCACUGAUGAUCCUCUUGAAUCUGAAUCAGAAAGGUAUCAGCCUGGUGGACGAUACCUCUCGAUGUCUCACUGCAGAAUAUUUGAUGAUGUUUAAGGUCUGAAAGAAUUUAUAGAAUAACUAACCAAGAUCAACACAGCAGUUCAGUCUUUAUGAACAUCUAUGUGCCCUAAAAUUUACACUGUACUCUCAGUGAAAAGUGUCAGGAUCAAAAAGGCACUGAAAAUUAAUCACAUCUUAGUAAUAAUAGUUUAUCGUUCAUUAAGUAGAGUAUCAUCUUUUCUGAUAGGAUUUAUUACAUACCAUUCCUGAAGUGUCUGCCUUAGAAGUAUAGUUACAGUGGAAGGAUUUAAUUCAUGAUAAAGAUCAGUAUAUGUUGAGAACAUGUAAUUCAGUUUGUUUCAGAUUAAUUUUUUUCAGGAAAGUUGUUUUAAAGGUCCAAGGAAGCCAUAAGUCAUAACUAAAUAACAUUACAGUUUUAUUAUUGUGAUUUACAUUUUUGCUGUUUCUAAAGAAUAUGUUAAUCCUAUAUUUCCCAAAGAGAUGGAGACCUCAAAUAAUAACCGUAUU